GACCGAUCUAGUCAUCUCUUUGUCCAACUAUGAACACUGUCUCGCAGAGUUGCUUCUUUCUUCCUUUGUUUCAAUCUUCAACGAGAGUCCAGCGAACGCGGCUGACGUGCCCUCACCUUGACUCUUCGUGCCUUCCCAGCCUAAUAGUCUGCUGGAAAGGGUUCCACCUUCGCUCGAGAUUUGUUGGACAUCGUAAAAGGUCGAAGUUGGUCCUUACGGUCAUCCCGCUUUCACUUCAUGGACGCGAUGACUUCUCGUUAUUAGAAGAACUCGAUCUGUGCUGGCGCGACAUACUCCUAGUCUGUCGUCAGACGUGCGACAUUCGUCUUUCUGGGAACGACAGUCGUAUUGAUGCGUAUGCCUGGACCCGAUCUUCUGUGGUCGCCCUACGAAGGGCUUGAGUGACUUUUUUUUACCAGGUUACUGGACAUCUUUACGCCCUCUGUCCACCCCAAGUUCCGACCUCCCUUCGAUCAUCUCGAUAAUUCUCAAAACUGGCUCCCGAAGAUCAGAAGGACGUGUGCCACCACCCGAUUUCG